AUGACACGAGAGAUGUACCCUACGAAAGGAAAUCGUCCCUUAGGUUGUUCAAUUUCAGUGAAAGCGGUAAGUCUUUAUACACUGACAACCGAAUUGUUCAAGUAUGUUUCUAAUUUAAAUACUUGUUUUCACCUCUCGUAAGUCUCCUAUUGCUAAUUAUUUGAGCAGUCAAUUAUACACUUUUUAUUUUGCAAUUGCCACGAAUCUGAUUUCUGUGUGCCAGCUGUUUCCGAAAAAGAUGUAAUAACUCCGAAUUACAUCGUAACCCGAGACGGAGAGCUACUGUCAUGAAACAACCUUUGCACCCGUUCCAGAAUUUGGGGUUCACUUAAAAGCAUCCAUUUCGCCGCUGUAAAGGUUAAUUGAUUGGCUUUUUUAAGGAACUUGUUGAAUUCUCUGGUCUUGAGCGAGUCGUUUCAGAGCGUUUCGAUCCAAAUACAGUUAUCCCGACAAAUUUAACGGGCUAUGGACUAUGGACCUCGCUACGUCAUAAUUUAUUUCUGUCUGACGAGCUCACUUGAAAAUUCCUUGAUUGUUUGAUUUAUCAGAUUGCUCUUUUCACUAUGUUACUUGUAAUCGGGAAACAGUGCAUAGCUAGGAUAGUAACUUCACUAAACACCGGGUACAAUUAUAAAAAGGAUAGAAUUUUCAAAAGGUGCUGGAGUCCUCUGGAGUUCUAUUUCUGUCAUGCUGUAUCCAAAGUUAGACAUACAAUAUCCAUGAAAUUUAGAUCUCGCAUCACCAUCAAUAUUAGGUUAGAGUAAAAAGACUUAUUUUUUGUAAAUAUUCCAAUAUUUAAUAUGACAAGCAGUAAAGUUUGACCAAAUAAAAACAUCAUUAUCUCGGGAUGCAUUUUUGAGUUAUUUUAAAAAAUUAUAUUAAUAACUCUGCCUAGCCGUGUAGUGACAUAUUGCAUGCAUUAAUCAGGUUGCUGCUAUAGGGUAUCUCGCACCAAUCACAACACGGCAUUUGGAUAUCUUGCACCAAUCACAGCGUUUGGGUAUUGUUUUCUUGCAAAUGAUGUCAUGGAAUCAGAGGGUUGUGCACAACGUUUAACUUUUUGUAUCAUUUUCAAGUUGAAACAUGAUUUUCCGCUGCUUUACCCACAAUGCACACUUACUUUACACACGUACUAUGUAAACACUGACCAUAGUCCAAUCAGAGGAACAAAAAAACGAAAAUAUCGCUAAAUGCUAACUGUUGUCUGCUUAGCAGCCUUUGUCUGGUCUAGUCACACAUCGCCAUUUAUUCCUUGUUGGAGAGAGACCGCGUUAUAUCAAAGCGGACUCCUUGAUUGUUUGUUGCCUAUCUGUACUUUGCUCUUUGUGCGUGAAAUACGUGAUAAAAUGCAAGUUGUUUACAAGGAAAUAACACGUGAUGGAGUCUACUGUGGCAAAAUAGAAUUUGAUUGGUGGAAUACAAUUCAAGCAAGUGAAAAAUUGCCUAAUGUUCAUGUAGUGCAAUGAUUGGGUAUGUUCUGAUUGGACUUUGGACGUUCUUUUCAUGGAAUGUAAUUGGAUGUAAGUUGUUUGGUAUGUACGUUGGGUGAAAGAGCAGAAAAAAUACGUUCUAACUUUGAAAUGAUACAAAAAGUUAAAUGUGAACCUUUCACAUCCCGAUAAAUCUUGACCUUCAUUGACAGGGCUCUUAUGAAGGCUACAAACCAUUACACUUAUUAAUUGAGCCCAAAAUUUCUGGGUAAUGUCAUUCUUUGUGCAUAGCCCCCAAACAAUACCCAAAUGCUGUGAUAUGAUUGGUGUGAGAUACAUACCCUAAUGCGGCAAUCUGGUGGGUGUAAGAUACAUACCCCAGUGCAGCAAUCUGAUUGGUGCGAGCAAAAUACCACUCUACAUACCAACAUAGCAUUUUUUUUUUCCCAUGAAAAGUAAUAACUCAAAAACAAAUAAAAAUGUCUGUAGAAUUACAACACACUUGUUCAGCCUGAUCAUCACUCCUGUUUCCUCCCUAUUCAUAGGAUGCAGACAGGGAUCCAGCUUACCUGUACUGGAUUGUGAAAGAAAUAGAAAACAACAGCAAUGCAGUUAACAUCUUGGAACCUGGAGACUGGAUAACAUCCAUCAAUGGUUCAAGUACUAUGAGCAACGACACAUCCUUUUUGGAAAAGUUGAAAAAUUGCCGAAGUGUUCUGAGUGUUACUAUAAGAAAGCCAUUAGAACAACAAGAAUUUUAUCUCUGGGACCCAAACCAAGUUGCAAUUGAUAUUAAAGUCAGAGUCAAGAGGCUUCCAUUCUCAGCUGCAUUUUCUCUCAACAUUUUUUAUCCUGUAAGUACCACAUCCAGUUCAUGCUGAAUUUGGAGAGGCCACACAAGCUUCUUCUCGGUGAUUUUAAAUAUUUUGUUUUUUUGUCUGUAAUGAUAUUGAGCUCAAUUUUUGUUCCCUUCCUCCCUCCCUUUUUUUUAAUCUCUCUGGAUUCACUCAAGAAUCCUAGCUAACCUCUCCUUAAAUUUUUCAAAGUUUAACUCAUACCUUAAAAAAAAACUGUUUGAAACUUUUGUGAGACUUUUUCUUAAGACACUCACAUACAAAUUUAUAAGAUUAUAAAGGUCUGAUGCCCUGUCUCUAUGUCCCACAUCAAAAUAUCCACAUUUAUUUGACAUAAAUUAACCUUAUUGCAUCAAUUUAUUUUCCUUGACAACAAGCAUAAGCCCAAUAGAGGUAUUAGUUAUUCUUCCUUUCACAUUACCCAACUUAACCCUUUACAUCCUAUCAUCAGUAUACAUUUCCUCUAUACUGUUCUCUACAUAUUUCCUAUGGUACUGACAAAGAGAAUUUGCCUAACAAUCAAGAGCUUCUUUUGUUGGUGAUCAUUUCCUUUAUUCUCAUAACGUCAUUAUUGGUUUUAGGGGUGAUACUGAUGGGAGAAAGGGUUUAGAAAGAGAGGGUCUUAAGUAAGUAAAACAGGAAAUUAUGCAAGUGAAAAGAUAUUCACACCCCCCCCCUCCUCAACACAUGCACACACACUCAACUCUAAUCCUCAGUUUAUUGCAAAGAGAUGGUAUUUAGAUUCCCAGAAUUGGAGUGGCUAAUGUGUUUGUUGAAUAUUUUUCAGGACUUCCAGGAUAGUAAAAAAACAUAUGCAUUGGUGAACAACAUCAAGCUACCAGACUUCAACCACAAAAAAUUGAAACAUGGAGACAUUGUCAUUUCCAUCAAUGAACGUAAACUUGAGAACGAAACUUAUGAAGGACUACAGAAAAUUGUCCACCAACUGAACCUUCAAAAGCAGAUCAAAGUAACAGUUCAACAGAGGCAAUGGAGACAGAAUGGUAUGUUUCCCUUUUGCAAAAAUUAAUGUUCCAUAUAUUGAUUAAAUACUGUCAUAGAAAUGUAGAAUUUCCUGAAGCAUUGAGUUUAAACCCACUUCCUGUUUCCUAUAAACUGAAAAUAUUGAUGAAGUUCACAAACCUGUUCAUUCUGCUGAAGACAAACCAAAAAAUUCAGGAACUUCAUUACAGAAAAAUGGACUUUCACUCAACUGCAAACAUAUCUUGAAGUAUAGUCUGGCACAGUUGCAAAUCACAUGGAUGCCUGGAAUUGUUCAAACUUCCUUUUAGUUGUAGUUUGUGGCCAGCAAUUAGUGUCAGUUAUUCAUAUUUAUUUCAUCCACAGCACAUUGUUUUAAAGGAAUGGUAUUCUAUUCCUCCUGGGCAGUUAGCCAGUUAGGAGCCAUAUCAUAGUUAUUACUUCAACAUUUAAUAAUACGGUGUUCUCAUUAUCCUUUUAAGAUCACCUUACCAGCCUUGCAAUUGACUCACCAGCAAUUUUAGACUGGAGACCACUUCAAGCUGAGUUACAAAAGAAAAGUUCAAAAGAGCCACUCGGUUUUAAGUUUGUAUUUGCCAAGGUAAUUAAACCUGCAAUUUUCACCGUAAAAUUAUUUGGAUGAUGCAUUUUCUUCAUAUGUACAUCUCAUUUCAUCCUGAACUAAUUUUGUCACAAUUUUCAAAUUUUACUGCUUCCUCCUAUCUAUUCCUCCCAUUUUUCUAUCAUCCCACAUCAAAUGCUAUCUUUCUGAUACUUCUCCAGUGUUUUCUCCAUCUACGUCAACAUUUUCCCUGCCAUAAUCACCAAUUCAUUUAUUUCAUAAUGAUAUAAACAUGCAUCUACUUCAGUGUAAUUUUAUCACUACAACUGAUUUAGCAAAUCAUUAUAAAAUGCCAGAUGAAACAUUUCUUCACAUCUUCAUGUCCACACAUUUUACUCCUGCUCCAGCACAUUUCAACAAAGGAAAAGAGAAUAAAGUAUUCACAGGGGGAAGGGAGGGAGCUGAAAAUCAGGUUUUCUGAUAGUGGUGGAACCCUAGAAGGGUGUCUAGCAUCAUGUUUCAGACUGUAUUUCCCCAUUCCCUCUGGCUGUACCUUCCCUUAUCAUAUAUGCUGAGAGCAGAUGUACACAAUUUCUUUGCACAGAAUCAACUAGAACAACCAUGCCCAAUAAUAAAGCAAAUUGUAGCUGGAGAAACACCAGCGGCCAAGUGUCCAUAUCUCAGCCCUGGAUGCAAGAUAACAGCUGUCAACAGACAACCCGUUAAAGGGCUCUCUUUUGAAGAGAUGAAAACCAUGCUUCAGAAAGCUCAGAUCACUGUGGUGUUAUCAAUUGAAGAACCCUUGGGCCUGCUACAAGAAAAAAAUUCACCUUCUCCGAGAGAAAGGUACACAUGGCCAGUGGAGGAGGAGAAAGGAAUCCUUACCACAUCCCAAAGCGAAGCACACAUUUCUUUUUCAAACAGCUCUCUAGCAGAUGGAGUACAGAGUGUUGAUUUGUGUGAGGAGGUCCAAGGUGCAAGCAGCACCCUGAAUGAUGCAAAAUUUAAUGCUUCCCCUGACCAAGAGAGGCCAGUCAAUUGCUCAACUCAACAAAUGCCAUCUGAUUCCCAGAAUGGAUACAAUGAAGUAAACAGUCUGCCUUUGGCACCUACUGUGGAAGUGCCAAGCAAAGCCCAAGAUAUUUCUAUCUGCUGUAAAUGCAUGAAGAUAUCCAAGACAGACAAACAGGAACAAAUUGUUCACAAUAUUCCUGGGAAAAUAUACUUUACGAUGUGUCAAAGUUUGGAUAAAGAAUCUCCCUUCUUUAAUGACUAUCGUAUUUUUGGUGAGCACCUUGGGUUUUCAAGAGGUGAGAUUAAUCUCCUAAACAAUCAACCAACUGAUAGUCUCCUGCGUGUUUGGAGUGAAAGAGAAGGAACGAAUGCCACUGUUGAAAGGAUAAUUAAUAUUCUUGAUGACAUGCAACGCCAUGAUAUCUUACAGAUAUUACAAAACUGGGUAGAAAGUAAAAGCUGCUCAAAAUGCUCUAAAGCAUUGCAAAAAGCACACGAAAAAGAAUCUGAUGUGUAGUCAGAAGAGCAGAACAAGAAGGUCUCAACCUUUAACUCCCAUGAGUGACCAAGACAGAAUUUCUCCUUACAAUAUCGAUACAAUAUCAAGCAGAAAAGUGAUGAGAACAAAGGAAAAUAUCAAUUUGGGGACAAUUAGUUGAUCCAAUACUAAAUUCUCUGAACUAUCAGUAUAAGAAUUGUAUGGUUGACAGUAAGAAGAAUUACAAACAUGAUCUGGGAGUUAAAGGGUUAAGUAAAGACAUGGAUUUGAAAGAUGAAAUAAAUCAUGAAACAGACUAACAUAAAAAAAAAAUGCAAAACUCAAAGAAAAAAAGAAUGAAUGAGAAUCUCCUUCAUUGCCAACCAAGUCAUGUUUAAUUAUUUUUAACACAUGUCUGAAUAUGCAUGUACAUUAUUGUUAAUAGCUUUACUGCCCAAAUUGUACUCCAAACUAUCCCAAAAAAGGGGUUAAGUUGUUUGUUUGGAUGCAUAGACUGAAAAAAAAAAACCCAUGCAAAUUAAAAAGUACAAAGUAUAUUACAUUUCUAUUUUGAGAAAUUAUUAUUGGCACUAUAUAUAAUCACGUGUCUGGAUAUAUUUCAUGUUUAUUUUUAGACAUCAAGGUACUUUCAUGUGGAAGAAUAUUAAUCAAUUACUGCUGUUUUUAUCAGCUUAGCACUCCAAUGCCAGAUCCAAAUUGGUUAUUUCUUUGAAACAAAAUAACACAAUCAUUCCAAUCACAUUUUUGGUAAGCACAGUUUCAUUAUUUUCAAAGUAAAAUACAGUGGAAACUAUUGAACAUGUACAUGAAAGUCAUUUGUAAGUAGAGAAAUUAAGGAUAGCUGUUAACCCUGUAUCAAACACAUGUGGGCCCAGCUGUUGGAAAGGUCAGAAUAAGGCUAUUGAACAGUUAAUUUGCUACACAGCAGAUACAGUGUGUUAGCAAAAGGUAAUUGUACUGAACACUGGAGAGAGAUUUAUCCAAUGGAUAACAUAGACCACCCUUCUGACAACUGGGACCUGCUUAAUAAUUUAAUGUUACUAAAUGUAUUACUAAUACUUAUUACAGGUCAUAAAAAUGUAUAUUGAGAACAGAUAAUUUGCUUUACUGCAGAUACACUGAGUGUUAGUAAAAGGUACCUGCAUUGUACACCAAAUAGAUAUAUACUCCAGUAGAUAACACUAAUCACCCUUCUUACCACUGGGAUCUACUUAGUAAGUUAUUUAGUUGUAAUUACUAAAUGUUAUUAGUCAUCAAAAUGUACAUUGGGUUAAAAUAUGUCUAGAGAUAUGCGCUGUAGUCCUACUGAAAUUUUUGUAUUUUUUAGAGAGGUGUGCUAUAAUGAUGGCAUAAGCAUUUAUAUUCAUUUGGUUACCAAUUGAC